AUGUCCAAAAAUUCAUCAAAGUUGAUUUUUUCACGAUCCAGUUACCAAGAACGUGUGCUUGGUUUUUGUGAUAUUUGUUACAAUAUUAUUGAUUUAGACAAGAAAUUAUACUAUGAAUGUCAGAAUUGUCAGGACUUCUUGGCCUGUCGUCAUUGUGUUCAAAGCAAUCGCCACAAAAAUCAUCCAGCUCAUCAUUCAUUUGCUGUUGCCCUUCUUCCACCAGAUGACCAUUGGAUUCACAUGAAUCUUGGUAUUAGUUGUGAUAUUUGUUUUCGACAAAAUUUCACUGGAAAACGAUAUCAAUGUCAGACAUGUCUUCCCUCGAUUAGCUUCGAUGUAUGUUCAUCGUGUUUACCUAAAGUGGACUUAUUUCAUCCGAAGCAUAAGUUGAUCUUCGUACCUAAUGCGAUUAAAAUACAUGCCAAUCGAAUUGUUUUAGCAACAAGAGCAAUUAAAAUAUUGAACGCAGCAGAAUACAACGGUAUAGACCUUGAUGACGCAACUGGUUGGCGAUUGUCAGAUGCUCAGACAGUUCUGGCGGUAAAUAUGUUGGAACUACAAAAACUAAUAAAUGCUGUUUCUGCCCUAAGCCUUUCUGAUUCAUUAUCUGAUGAAUCCGAAUUGAACAGCUGUUCCGAUACUUCGCUUCAAGAAUAUUCGCAGUCAUUCGUGGAAGACCCUAUGCUAACUUACUUAAAAAAUGUUCAAAAAGAAAUGGCAUCAUUAGACGUCGCAUCUUACUUGAACGGGCUUCAGGAAGAAAUGGCAUCAUUAUCUGUCAGUCCACCAGUCGAAAAACGAUUAGAAACGCAUAUGUCACCUGAUUUUUCAUCUAGUCUUGAUUAUAACCAAUGGAUGCUAGGCUUUUUAGAACAACAGAGAAAAACACUUGAAGUACAAAAAGAAGAAGAUGAGAAACAAGACAGAAUUCGUCAGAAAGUCAUACACGAUAAAAUCAUACAUGAUAAUAUUAUCCGUGACGAAAGAUUGAAAAAAUUUCAUAUAGACAAACAUUACGAAAAUGAACGCAUUAACAAACAGUAUCAAACUGCUAAUCGACUUGAUCAGGAACGUCGUCUCCAGAGUCACUUAGAAAACGAAAGAGUAACUCAGGCAAGUCGAAUGGCAGCGAUUCAACAACAACAAAUUCUGGAUGACGCAAUUCAACAACAAAUUCGACAACAACAAAUUCUGGAUGACGGAAUUCGACAACAACAAAUUCGGGAUGACGCAAUUCGACAACAAUGGCGAUAA